UCGCGGGGAUACGGAGCCCGCGUGAAGGAGCCUCGGUCCCCGCACACCGCGCACCAGGAAACAACGGCCGUGGGAAGCGCGGUCGCGCCAGUGUGACCUCAGCCGGGCUCGGCGCGCUCCCGGCGGCGUGGGACGUGCGCGCGCAGACGGGCGGCGGGGCACGCGGAGGGACCGGCGGCGGGUGUGAAGAUAAAAAAAAAAAAGCGAUGACAAUCCAAUGGGCGGCGGUUGCCAGCUUUCUUUAUGCUGAAAUAGGACUCAUUUUAAUCUUCUGUCUGCCCUUUAUUCCUCCUCAGAGAUGGCACAAGAUCUUUUCAUUUCGUGUCUGGAGUAAGAUUGCAAGUUUUUGGAACAAAGCUUUUCUUACCAUUAUAAUACUAUUGAUUGUACUGUUUCUAGAUGCUGUGAGAGAAGUAAAGAAGUAUUCAUCCACAGAUGUCGUGGAGAAGAACUCAGCCAGCAGACCUGGUGUCUUUGAGCACACACAGAUGAGGCUCUUCAGGUCUCAAAGAAAUCUGUAUAUUUCUGGAUUCUCAUUAUUUUUUUGGCUAGUGUUGAGACGUCUGGUUACGCUUAUUACUCAGCUGGCAAAAGAAAUAUCAAACAAAGGAGUGCUUAAAAUUCAAGCAGAAAAUACCAAUAAGGCUGCCAAGAAAUUCAUGGAAGAGAAUGAAAAACUAAAAUUGGUGCUAAAAAAGGACAGUGCUGAAGAACACAUUUUGGAAACUGAAAAUAAAAAACUAGUAGAAGACAAGGAAAAACUGAACACUGAGCUGAAGAAGGCUUCCGACGCCCUUUUUAAGGCCCAAAAUGACGUGAUGACUAUGAAGAUUCAGUCAGAGAGACUUUCUAAAGAGUAUGAUCGGCUCCUGAAAGAACACUCAGAACUUCAGAACCGUUUAGAAAAAGACAAGAAGAAAGGCCUGUGAACUAACUUUAUAACAGAAGAUUGUGCUACGCCUUGUCCAAGUUCAGUUAAAAAGAAGCUCUGCUAGCUACGCAGACCCACAGCAGCUGGAUAGGAGUGACACUUCCAAAAUAUUUGAUAAUGUUUCAAAUCUAAAGUAUGCAUUUCAGCUCUUUUGAAAAAUAUAAGCAUGAUAAAUACCAUAUUUACAUAUUGCUAAUAGCAUUGGUUUAUAGUGGUUCUUUACCCAUAAAAGGAAAAAUUCAUUUGCCAGCAUUUACUUCCCAAAUUAGAUCUGAAGUUGCAUGAAACCAUUAUUCACUUUGAAAGCUUUGAUGAGUUUUUACUAAUAAUCAGAUGGUGGUGGUGGUGGUAAAAAUGAUGUGUUUGAAAAUAGUACUCGGUAUCAGAAAAUGUGUUCACAGGGAAAUAAGAAUAAAUAACCACAAUCAGCCACCAUGCUUAUAGAGAAGAGUCAGAGCAGAGUGAAAACUACGGCCUUAGGGCUUCUUAAGCCUAAUGAUUUUACAAUUUAUUCUACAUAUGACAGCACUGUUGAUAGUGUGUGUUGUUACUAUGCUUCUGUGCCUAUUAGACUAUUGAUCUUUGCUUAGUCAUAGAAUCAGUAGUCUGUCUUUUCAAGGUCAUCUGCUAAUAGAAUGUAUGCCCAUUUGCAAAACUGUCCUGCUGCUGAAUUGAACUUAAGUCGCACUGUGGAUUUCUCCACUUACAAAGCUUGUUUACGACAUCCAAAAAGCAGUGUUUUUUAUAUUUGUAAAAGGUACUGAUUAUACUGGUAUUACCUCAGUAUACACGCACUGGCAUCAUACAAAUCUCUCUACUAUGUAUCUGUUAAAAAGUUAAAUACUGCUUUUCCUGCAAAUGUUCAUGUAGAAGUAGUGAUUGUAAUAAUAUGAUUUAGGUUAUUUCAGUGUUUAACUGUGAAAAGCCACUUGUAUUAAAAUGCUUAAAUAUAAAAGAAAAUGUAAAAAUAAUAAUUGGAAUUUUUAAUUCUCUAGUUUUUAUCUAUAAUUUUAAUGCCAGUUCUGUGUAUAUUUAAUUGUUCUCACUGCAAACUGGGUAAAAUGAGUAAUAAAUACCUAAGAUUGGAUUUCAGAUAAAAAUUAGGAUUUAGUGCUAGAAAACAGACAUGAAGAAGACACCCCCACCCCCAGGGUAAAAUAUGGGAGUUAUACCAUGUGGGCUGACACUACCAGAAGUAACAAGGAGAGGGAAUGCUGAAUGAGAGGGAAAUUGAGCACAUGACAUCUCAAACCCUACACUUAGAAAUGUCAACGUGAGAGGGACUUGGUAAAUAUAGACACUGAGCUACUCUGCAGAAAUCAACUCUAAUGUCAGAAUAACAAAUUGAAGAGAAAGUGCACAGCUUUAGAAUUAGAACCCAGAGCUAACCCAGCUUCACCACGUGCAUGUUUAGUUAUGGGACCUGAACGAGUUACUCAGAUUCACUGGGACUUCUUUUCCUCAGUUCCAAAUUGAGACUAUUACUAUUUGAAUAAGGGUUACUAUUGAAACUAAUAUGAUUCUCAAAGUUACCCUAUGAUAUAGUGUAGAAAAAUUCUCUUUGACAAAUUCAUGGAUUUGAAAGUUUCAUCAAAAAAGCACUUUAAAGUUUACAGUUAGGGAAUCUUAGACCUCAACUCUCAAUUUUACAGAUCUAUAAUUAGAUAUAACAACAAAAAAAAUGAGGACUUUUCCUGUAAGUCAGAGUCAUGUUUAGGAACUGACAAUGCAGGUAUCCUAGUUCCCUGGAUAUUCCCUAGUUCCCUAGUUUAGUUUGCUAACCCUUAAACAAUGCCAGAUAUGUGUAAGUAGACUGGUGGCGUGGACUCUGCAGGUUUUGGUUGGGGGGAGGGUUUUAGUGUAGCUAUGAGGAAGAGAACAACCAGAGACUUCUGAAAGAGUCUGCAGAAAGAAAAGGCAAAACAAAACAACAAAACAAGAAAGUAGUAGACAGAA